AUAUAAAUCCAUACUGGUUGGGGUAAGCAGCCAUAAGUGAUCUGAAACAGGUAGAGUUAAGAGCUAGGACAAAAUAAAUCAAUCCCAACCAUGAAGUCGUUUGUGAUUGCAGCAAUUUUAUUUGUUGGACUAACCGCCGUUUCGGCAGAUCGUCCCAAAUCGGAGACCGUCCUCGCUACCAUGAACAACCUGCGUCCGCGGUAUCGCGAGAUUCAGGAUUUCGUCAUCGAAACAUUGUCCGACGCUCGCUUGAGCAGCUCCGCCAAGCUGAACGUGUUCCACGAGGACGUUCUCAAGGUCAAGGAAACCCUGGUCGAGGAUGCCAUCACCGAGGAGGACAAGAUCAUCUUCCAGAUCGACAACCAGCCUUCAACAGCGGACGUACCGUGUCUUUCGUUUGUGCGAUUGAUGACGGACAGCGUGAUGAACCUGGCAGGAUCGGGAUUCGCCACGUGUAUUACCGAAGCGAGUGAUGCGUUGACGGUGGAAGUGAACAAGUUUUACGCCGCAAUGCAAAAGGACGAGUCCGAGUACAUUGGAAUUGGGCUGCUGAACGUGUUCAAGGAUGAAAACAUCUUCUACGACCCGGAGAAGAUCCUGACCAAGUUGUCCUCAAAGUCUGGUAACAUGGAGCGGUACCCAACUUCGAUUCAGGACGAGGUGACCGAAUGGGUUGCCGUGCUGGGAUCCACCAUGGAUGGGCUGGAGCAGACCUACAUCGCGUGCAUGACCGACAGUGAGCAACGCAUGAAGACCGGCUUCGAGCUGGCUCGCGCAAAUAUGAUGGCCACUUGUGGAGCGGUGGAAAUCACUCCGGCAGUGGAGUCAGCUUUGAAGGCUACAUCAGGCGCUGUCAUUGAACCACAGUCCGAUUUUCGUAAAAUGUUCCGCGAAAGGUUCGGAUUGUAGAAAUUUGAUCAAAUAGCUAUGACAAAUUAUGGAUAAACCAAAGAAUUAUUAGUUGUUAUUGUUAACUUUGACAAAAUCCUUGAGGAUUGAAAAAAGAUUUGCUUAAAAAAUAUACGAAUAUUUUCCACAAUGUGGAAAACUGGC